CGAUUAUUGAUAUUUCACUGAAUAAUCUUUGUACCUAAAGAGAUUCAGUCUUUCAAGAUGUCUCUUAGUGACCACAUGGGUAGUUUUAAGCAAUCGCUUAUUAUCCAAGAUGAAGUACAGGAUAUCGAUUAUGUGGAAAAAGCUGGGGUGGCGGAUUUUGAGACAGCUAUUCACUUUGCAAGAUUUGGGAAAUUUCAAGCUAUCCUUCUUGGAGUAUGUGGAAUGAUUUAUGCAACAUGUGCCAUCAGUACGACUACCUUAUCUUUUGUUUUGCCCUCUGCGGAAUGCGAUUUUCUCUUGACGUCCGCAGACAAAGGAAAAUUAUCUGCAAUGCCCUUAAUUGGUAUGAUAUUUGGAUGCUCUAUUUGGGGUUCCAUAGCAAAUUCUCAAGGAAGAAAAAUAGCCAUAAUGCUGUCGCUUUGUGUGGACUUUUCAGCUGGUGUCAUAUCUUCCACAGCGCAUAGUUUUGAACUUUUUCUAAUGUGCAGAUUUUUUAAUGGAUUUGGGAUCAUCGGAGGUACAAGCAUUAUAUUUUCCUAUUUAGGAGAAUUCUUGUCAGUGAAGCAUAGGGACUCAAUGCUCGGAAAACUAGAAGUUUUUUGGAACGUCGGUAUAAUAAUACUACCAGGUGUCGCAUGGUCGCUUCUGAACAAGACUCUGCUGGAAUCUUUUGCUGAUCAUGGAAAUUUCAGCCCAUGGAGAAUAUUUGUUUUGGUUUGCAGCUUACCGAGCUUAAUCAGCAUAGUGAUGCUUUACUUUUUGCCAGAAACCCCCAAGUUCUUGAUCUCUAAGGGAAAAUAUGAUAAGGCUAGGCUUGUUUUUCAGAAGAUUUACGCUCGGAAUAGCGGGGAAUCUAUGUAUUUGUAUCCAGUAUUAACUCUUGAAGGGGAAUAUGAAAACAACAACAACUUAACGUUUGCCAAUAAGAUGCCUCUCAUAGACCGCAUCAGGAAGAAAUGCAGAAGCACUUGCAACCUUCUAAGCGUAUUACUAUCUCAACCCUAUUUGAAAUAUUUGGGAAUCACCAGCUUCGCCGACUUUGGACUGAUGGCAAGCUACUACACCCUGAUUAUGUGGUUCCCUGAAAUAUUUGACAGAUUUAAUGCUUACGAACUGAAGCAUCCAAACGAGACAGCAAGCGUAUGUGUGGUUUCUCAACAUGCCAACAAGCAUGAACUAAUAUACAGUACGUCCUGUGAUUCUUCAAUUAACAAUAGAGUAUUUCUCGAUACUAUAAUAAUAGGACUAAGUUGUAUUCCCACAUCAGUAUCAUUAAGUUAUUUUAUGAAAAAAAUAGGGAAAAAGACUGUGUUGGUAAUCAGUUUAAUACUAUCCGGAUUAGCAACGCUGUCCCUAAAUUGGGUGCAAAAUUCGACUCAGACGUUAGUUUUGUCAUGUAUUUUUGAAGCACUUACCAGUAUUCUAGAAGCGGUACUUUUCUGUGUAGUUGUAGACUUGUUUCCGACUAACUUAAGGGCGAUUGCACUGGCGUUUACAGCAACAUCAGGAAGGUUGGGAGCAAUUUUUGGAAAUGUUGUUUUCGGAUUUUUAAUAGAUCUGAACUGUAUUAUACCAAUUUAUUUAUUCGGAUUUAUGUUAAUUGCAAGUGGACUGCUUUGCUUAGCUGUACCGAGAAAAGAAAAUUACAUAGUUCUUCAUUAGAAAUGUUAGUUGGGAAGUAAUUUCGUCCAGUGACAGAAGAGUGCACCUUAAUACUGCUGCUACCUUCAGAAGUAUUGAUAAAUGGAAAAUUUUCUAGAUCAAUUGAUGUACCUGUAUCUCUUUAGAAAUAAGUAUAUUUAAUAUUCUUUUUUUUAUAUAUUUUACAUAUUUUUUUGUAUUUAU